GCCCAUCAGCAUUCUGCAUUUUGCGCUGACCCUCGACCCCGGCUUCCGUUCGUCCUGGCUUGAUCGUUUCUUGCCUCGAACCCCGUUCUUCCCCCAUUACUUAAAGACUGCUCCCCACCCAUUCCCCAGAGUCGAAAGAAACCUUCCUUCAUCAAAGUUGUGUGCCGUCUUCCGUGGAGUUUGCCUACUCUUGCUACAAGAUACCCCCCUAUACUCAUUCUUCUCUUUGGUUCCAUACUUGCCUUAUUAUCUCUUACACCCGGAAGACUACACACAAUGGCCACACACGAGGCUCACCACAACGCCGUCCCUCCACAGGACGUGGAGAAGGAUGUGCAUACCUCUGGUGCCGACCACUACAAUGGUGCCAAUGGUGCUCAAGCAUUCGGCGGUUCGCUCCAACCCGGUGUAUGGAAGCCUUAUGAACACAGAAAGUUCGCCAACCCGGCACCACUCGGUCUCUCAGCCUUCGCCCUCACGACGUUCGUCCUUUCCUGCGUCAACCUCCACGCUCGCGGCGUGACUGCGCCCAACAUUGCCGUCCCCCUCGCCUUUGGAUAUGGAGGUCUGGUCCAGCUUCUCGCCGGCAUGUGGGAGAUGGCCGUCGGCAACACCUUUGGUGCCACUGCCCUCUCAUCGUACGGCGGCUUCUGGAUCGCAUACGGCAUCCUUCUGACCCCUAACUGGGGCAUCAUCGCCGCGGACGGUCCCUAUGCCGCCAACUACUCUGACCAUUACUCGGCUGUCGGUUUCUUCCUGACGGGCUGGUUCAUCUUCACGACGCUGCUGCUCCUCUGCACCCUGCGCUCGACCGUGGUCUUCUUCUCCCUCUUCUUCACCCUCGACCUGGCCUUCCUCUUCCUCGCCUGCGAGAACUAUGCCGCCAACAACGGUGCGUUGACCGCGUCGCGCAACCUGCAGAUUUGCGGAGGUACUUUUGGUAUGCUUGCUGCGUUUUUGGCGUGGUAUUGCGCUUUGGCUGGUCUUCAGGACGACAGCAACUCCUUCUUCCAGGUUCCUGUUUUCCACCUCCCGUGGUCCGACAAGGGCAAGGAAAUUCGCCGGGCCAAGAGCAACGUCGCCUAA